GGAGUACAAAAAAAAUUCGAAAAAUCAAGCUCCAAAUUGCAAGUGCUUGAAAAGAGCCAGUGUGUCGGCACUGGCAACGAGUGGAUAUACGAAUCCUCGGCCGAAGGACGACGACGAGCGCCGCAUGUUGCUUUGGCUGCCGGGGAGUAUAAAUACCGAAAACGCACGGCCGUCGGCCAUCAGUUCUCCAGCCGAUUUCCCCUUGGAAACGCGACGUGCUCCUUCUUUCGCUCGCAAACAUCGUACUCGUACUUACUUGCGCGUCUCGCAGCGGAAUAGCGCCAUCCAUCAUACAUUUUUGUUUGUUUGUUUGUUAUUGUGACCGAACACACAGCACACUUGUGUGCCAUGUUCACCAAUUGGCUGACUGGGAACACCAGCAGCAGCAGCACCACGCCGGCAACACGCUCCUCCACAUCGGGAAUCGGAGGAGCUGGAAGUGGGGGUGCGGGCGGCAUUAGUGCCUCCGCUUUGGUGAUGAGCUCGCCACCGGAUGUGAUCCUCGAGGUGGGACCCGCACCCAGUAGUGUGCGUUUCGUGGCCCACUCAUUGGUGCUGGGCAUGCACAGUGGUUACCUGAGGUCGGCCAUCCGAUUGGAUGAGUCAACGGCGCCGGUUUCCACCAAUUCAAAUUCAUCGGCCACCACGGCCACGGGUGAAUUGCUACUCUAUCUGAGCAACGUCACCGCCGAUCAGUUUGCCCCGCUGCUAACGUACAUGUAUACGGGAUAUCUGGACCUGACCGUCGACAAUAUCUUUGCCGUUCUGCUGGCCACACAUGUGCUCCAUAUGCCAAGGGCUUUGGAAAUCUGCCGCUCAUUUUUGGCGCGAGCUCAAACGGAGGGUUACCUAAAUGGCAAUCCCGCCCAGCUUUGUCCAGUUGCCAGCAUCCCAGCCAAGGUCAUUCGGCCGAUUCCCAGCAAGGCCACCAUGCCGAAUUUUGGGUUUCUGCCCAUGCCAAGUGCUGCUCCUCCUCCUCAUCCAGCUCACCCAGCUCAUCCCCCUCCUCCGACGACCCAAACUGCAUCACUGAGUUCCUUUGGGGCCAACUCGUUAAUGGAUGAAACCUCAGACAUUCGGGAUAACGAAGAGGAUGAGGAUGUGGAGGUGUUCAUAGACAGCAAUACGGUGACGGACAACGAAGCCGAUCCCGACCCGGAUGUGGACAUGGACUGCAAUGUGUCGGUGGUGAGUUCCCUGGCCGGAAGCAGUGCCGGCAGCCUGAACAUCGAGCGUUUGGACGUGAAGCCACCAACUCCAAUACCUGCUGCUGCUUCUGCUUCUGCUGCUACUUUUUCCACUUUGACCACUCCCAAGUCGCAUUCAACCCAAAGUCUUCAGACUAAAGUGCAAAAUCCAAAAAGAGAAACCCUGUCAAAAAGUGGAAGUAGUAGUAGGAGCAAAACCACAUCGGUCAGAUCGAGAAAAUCCAGUGGAUUGCAGGUGGCCAAGGCUCCGGUGCCGGCUGCCCAAUUGGAAAUGGCCACCGCCACACCGAUAACACCCUCGAAAUUCAUCAUCGAUGUGGCCAGUUGCGAUGGACCGGUGCGAUUUCGAAGGAUCCUAAACACCGCCUAUGGCCACAAGCCCGAGAACAUGGAUGGCGGCAAUAAUGGCGCGGGAUCGUUGAGUGGCGGUGGCGGAGAAGGAAGUGCAACUGGAACUGGAGGAUCAUCGGGGGAACAGCAUCGCAGCCAGCAGAGUGUAAGCUAUUCGUUUCACCAGCAAAUGGCCAGGGCCAUCAGCAGUCAGCAGCGACAGCAGUUGAGCCACCAGCAACAGGAGGAGAGUGAGAAUAGUGGCGAUGCCGCGAAAGCAACAGCGGGAAAACCACACUCCUCAGCCACUUCGGUGGGUAAUGCAACAUCAGGCGGCGGUGGCAACGGGAAUAGGAAACCAAAUGCAGCCGGAUCAUCAUCGACUUCAGCCGGCAGCAAUCAGGAACUGUACGUAUGCGUUUAUUGCAAGCACACCUUUAAAUCGCAAUAUUGCUAUCAAAAACACGCCAAGCGCCACUUGAAUCCCCUGAGUUUGACCACGACGGAUAAGAAAUUGCUGGCAGAGCCGGCCACUUCAUUAGCCAGCACCUUAGAAGCGGAUAAUCCAUCGGGUCAGAGUGCUAUGGCAACCACGGUGGGCGGUGGAUCAGGAAGUGGAACGGGAACGGCGACAGCAAGUGCAACAACGGGAGCAACAUCGGCUUUGUUGCGCCGCGAAGUUCGUCCCCUCGACAUGAAUGUGCAAUAUUAUCCCUGCAAAACGUGCGGCAGUAAGUUUCCCAGUUACUAUUUCGUGCACAAGCAUCGCAAAAUGUGCCAUGCUGAUGAAAUCGAGGCGACUGCCACGAGCAACACGAGCAACAACAGCAGCAGCAACACCAGCAGCAGCAGCAGCAGCUACAGCAGCAACAGCAACAAGAAAAGCGAGGCAACAGCUGCAACUUCCGAGGAUCAGACACCACAGCAGCAGCAGCAACAGCAGCAACAGCAGCAACAUCAGCAACAAUCCUAAGAUUUAUGUCAUGGCACUCACUAAAAUCAAAGCAACGUAAUCUACGAAUUUAUAUACACCAAAAUCACAACACACACACACGCUAAAUGUUUUUUUUUUGUCGCUAUAGAAAUAAAAUCAAUAAAAUA